AGGAUGGAGAUCUCAGCUCUCUUCAUUGGCCUGAUCUGGUCUCUGAGUUUGUGUGAUCUGAACUUAGUCUUCGCCUUGAAUGGCUCUGGGGAUGGUCGGAAACAAGGGGCUGGGCUUACAGAUGGUAGGUCUGUUGCAGGGGUCAGCACUGAGGCCUCAUCUGUGAAAUGUAAGCUCCAGGGUAGCACUCGUCUACCUGCAUUCUCAAUGGAUGGUGACUACGUUAUUGGGGGUGUUUUCUCCAUCCGCCACUUCAAAGACACAGUGGAGUAUAACUACACCACCGUGCCUGAGCCACUGAGGUGCACAGGCAGCAUUGACUCCCGUGAAUUGCGCUUCUCACGUGCAAUGGUCUUCGCCAUCAAGGAGAUUAACAACAGCUCAGAGCUGCUGCCCGGCAUCAAACUCGGUUAUCAGAUCCACGACUCGUGUGCCUCAGUGUCCCUUGCAGUGCAUGUUGCAUUCCAGCUUGCUAAUGGCCUGGACCCGGUGUUUUACACUGCUGACAAUUGCUCACAAUCUGGUAUAGUGAUGGCUAUAGUCGGUGAGUCUGGGUCCACGCCAUCCAUCAGCAUGUCGCGCGUAAUCGGGUCCUUUAACAUUCCACAAAAUAACACUUUUAUUUCCCUUCAGGUGAGCCACUUUGCCACUUGUGCAUGUCUGUCCGAUAAGCAGCAGUUCCCGAGUUUCUUCAGAACAAUCCCUAGUGACCAGUUCCAGGCUGACGCGCUGGCCAAGCUGGUAAAACGCUUUGGCUGGACUUGGAUAGGUGCUGUCCGGUCGGAUUCGGACUAUGGCAAUAAUGGGAUGGCAUCUUUCCUGGAUGCAGCACUGAAGGAGGGGAUCUGUGUGGAAUACUCAGAAUCUUUCUAUCGGACUCAUCCACAUAGCAGGAUCCAAAGAGUAGCUGAUGUUAUCCGCAGGUCAACAGCUUUGGUUAUUGUGGCGUUUACAGCCCCUGGUGACUUGAAGAUCCUGCUAGAGGAGCUUUCACGAGAGCCUUCUCCACCUCGCCAGUGGAUAGGCAGUGAGGCCUGGGUAACAGACCCAGACAUGCUGAGGUUCAGCUUCUGUGCUGGAGCCAUCGGAUUUGGUAUUCAGCAAUCUGUCAUCCCAGGUUUGAGAGAAUUCUUGCUGGAUCUCUCUCCCUCUAAAGUGGCUGCCUCCCCAGUGCUUACUGAGUUCUGGGAGGAUGCAUUCAACUGCAGGCUGGGAGAAUCUGCAGCCACAGAUGAGAUUGUGUGUGAUGGAUCUGAAGACAUACAGACUCUCCAGAGCCCGUACACUGACACAUCUCAACUCAGAAUCACUAACAUGGUUUACAAGGCUGUUUAUGCAAUAGCACAUGCCAUUCAUAAUGCAGUGUGUCAGGAUGCAAAUUCUACAACUCAGUGUGACAAAAUCACCAGGAUAGAGUCAAAACAGGUUCUUCAUCAGCUGAGGAAAGUAAAUUUUUCCCAAAAUGGUUAUGAUGUGUUAUUUGAUGCCAACGGGGAUCCUGUGGCCACAUACGAGCUGGUGAACUGGCAAAAAAGUGAGAGUGGCAGCAUUGAGUUGGUGACAGUAGGGUACUAUGAUGCAUCACUGCCGGUGGGCCAGGAGUUCCGUAUCAACAGGAACCUCACAUGGGUGGAGGGUGGUACACAAGUGCCUAUGUCAGUGUGCAGUGACAGCUGUACUCCAGGAACUCGUAAAGUGCUGCAGAAAGGAAAACCCGUCUGCUGUUAUGAAUGUAUACCAUGUCCUGAGGGAGAGAUAAGCAAUGUUACAGAUUCUCCUGAUUGUUUCCCUUGCCCCAAGGAGUUCUGGCCUAAUGCAGAGAGAGACACUUGUUUCCCCAAGCCUGUAGAGUUUCUUUCCUUUGACGAGGUCCUAGGAAUCAUCCUGGCUGCAUUCUCUGUUGGUGGUGCCUGUCUUGCCAUUAUAACAGCGGCUGUGUUCUUUCAUCACAGAACAUCCCCGAUUGUCAGGGCCAACAACUCUGAGCUGAGCUUCCUGCUGCUCUUCUCCCUGACUCUAUGUUUCUUAUGUUCAUUAACUUUCAUUGGAGCACCCUCUGAGUGGUCCUGCAUGCUUCGCCACACAGCGUUUGGGAUCACCUUUGUCCUCUGCAUCUCUUGUGUUCUUGGAAAAACUAUAGUAGUGUUAAUGGCCUUCAAAGCCACACUCCCAGGUAGUAAUGUUAUGAAAUGGUUUGGUCCUCCACAGCAAAGAAUGACUGUAGUGUCUUUCACCUUCAUUCAAGUUUUAAUAUGUACUAUUUGGUUGGUUGUCAGUCCCCCUUUUCCAAUGAAAAACCUAACCAUAUACAAGGAGAAGAUUAUCCUGGAGUGUGCAUUAGGUUCAGCUAUUGGGUUCUGGGUUGUUCUCGGGUACAUAGGCCUUCUGGCUGUGUUUUGCUUUGGGUUAGCUGUCCUAGCCCGGAAACUACCUGAUAAUUUUAAUGAAGCCAAGCUUAUCACAUUCAGCAUGCUGAUAUUCUGUGCAGUCUGGAUCACCUUUAUCCCAGCGUAUGUCAGCUCUCCUGGGAAAUUUACAGUGGCUGUAGAGAUAUUUGCCAUUCUGGCCUCUAGUUUUGGACUAAUACUGUGUAUAUUUGCUCCAAAGUGUUUCAUCAUAUUGUUCAAACCAGAGAAAAAUACCAAAAAACAUUUAAUGAACAAAAAUCAAUCCAAAGAUAUCUGAGGUUUGGAAAUAGUUUAGAUAGCAAUAGAGCGUAUGCAUUCAAGACUGUCUUCACUUAGCUGAUUUUAAUGUUAAUUUACAUUUACAAGUGUUUAUACAAUAAAUAUUUUUUAAACGCACUGUAAUUUUUUUAAUGUCCUUUUAAUGUCAUAUAGUUUCCAUCGUGUUCUAAAUAAAGUCAAUAUUCUUAACAAAAAUACAGAGUUCUGUCUUGACAUUCUGCUAAUAUUGUUGUUUGAAAAGUGAUUUUGAAAUUUAAAUUUGAAAAUAAUUUAAAUUGAGAGAAUGCAAGCUUAAUGCAGAAAGAGUUGGCUAUUGUUGCCUCCAUAAAAACAAAGGGAUAAUUAUUCUAUACAAGCAUUUUGCAAUUAAAAUCUAAAGUUUAUUACAAGCCAUAACUCUGUUUCCCUGGUAACACUUGAGGUCCUUCCUAAUUCCUGGAAGAAUCAUUACCAUACCAUAAUAUUCUAAUGCAAUGGAAAUGUUGUUCACUACUCAAGUAAAUAGGACGAACCAUUACGACUUGGCAAUGAGAAAUGUUUCUACUUCCCUCCGCUCAGAGAGCCCUUUGGCUCAGCUAUGAGAAAGGGAGCUAACGUUAUGUUCGGAAGAUUCAAAGUCAAUAACAGUGCAUAAUGUCGAGAAAGGGUUAAUAUAAAUUCACAGUAUGUUUAAUAACAAGGCAAACUACCUCUCCAGCCAUGUCAUUAUCCCAAAAUCAAUAUUGAUUUUCAUGAACGAAAGGAUUAUGAUAUAUACUAUAUAUAUUAUAAUGUGAUGGCUGAUCAGUAUAUUUCUGUAUAUUUGAGUGUUGACAUAAGCAGGGAUAAAGGCCAUUCACACAGCACAGAUUGAUGAACCUGGCCUCACGUUACAUGUGACACAUAGUAUGGCACAUAGUAUGGCUGUCUACACCGUCCCUCAAUCUAAAAGAAGGAGCUA